AUGGAAUCAACUACAGCUCUGUCGAUUUUAAAUGGACCCAAGUCUUUCUUUGUUGCCAGUCAUUUGAUCGCAGAGGUCAAUGAGUUUUUUUUAAAACAUGGGUCAUACAGGAUAAGUGUAAACCAACGCGUGUUGCUAUGAUAUGGCUGGGAGUUAAGGUGAAUAAAACUAGGCUGUGUACGGCGGCCCACUUUGCAAGAAAUGAAAUGAAAUAAAAUGUCAGAAGAGUCGAGAAAGCAGACUUUUCCAGUACAACCUUUUAUGCACGUACGAUUGCUUGUUUGUCAUUUAUACCGCUCUAUGUACAGUACCGCAAAUGAUCCCCAACCGAAAAUGUUCCUGAGACCGCAAAUGAUCCCCAGAUGGACCGCAAAUGACCCUCGACCGCAAAUGAUUCCGUGAAAACGUGAGGAAUGGAAUGGAUUUUAUGGGACUGAUUACAAAAAAGGACUGAUUACACAAAAGAAACCUUUUUCUCUCGCCUUCUAAAGAAAAAGGGAAGGAGGACGCUACAACUCAGGUCAAUUCAUACAAGGCUUGUAUGAAUUGACCUGAGUUGUAGCGUCCUCCCCCCCUUUUUCUUUAGAAGGCGAGAGAAAAAGGUUUCUUUUUUAUAAUCAGUCCUUGUAAUCAGUCCCAUAAAAUCCAUUCCAUUCCUCAAGUUUACAAGGGAUCAUUUGGGGUCGACUUUAGGGAUCACUUGCGGUGGAGGAUCAUUUGCGGUCCAUUUUCGGUUGGGGAUCGUUUGCGGUACUGUACAGGACUCAUUAGAGCCCUGACUGGAUGAAGUGUGAUGGAAAUUUGCAUGGAUCGAGAUUAAAAACUCUAGUGUUAAAAAAUAUAAGUCAGAACAGUUUAGAACUUGGAAGAGACAAUUUUCGUUUAUUUGAUUAAUAGUUUUUUUGAAUCCGCUUGAUAGUUUUUUUGUGAAUUUGAAUUCCGUCAAAUUGGAAAAUUCGUAGCUAAGAGUUUGUGCACAAUUUUUGAAUAUAGUUCAUUCUCGUGAACACGUUCCUUCAGCCUUUAUAGCGAUUAUUCUUACCCACUUACUUUGUUCACUGUAGGCGAACCCUCCUAAAGCUGAACUUCAAGGGACCACAGCUCAGCUCAGAAAGAGAAAUAGAAUUUCGUCGUUGCUUACUUACCUCCUCCAUAAAACGCAAAAUUAGGCAUUUUCACGUCGUAGUCGUGUAAACACAGAAAAGAAAUGUACAAAAGAGCGUGAUGCAUGUGCGAAGUUGUUGUUUUGCUUAUUUAAAACCAAUUCCUUUUUUGACGUUCUCGUUGGCGUCCGCAUCAAUGGCUCUUACAGUUUCUACUAAUUUUCCCAUUCCCUUGAGCUAACUUGGUUUAUAAAGAACAACUUCAGUUAUAGUAAAGAAGUUGUCUUGAAUUUAGUCUUUUCGCCCUACGAUAUCUACCAUUUAGUCCUAUAAAUAAAUGACCAAAAUGUUGUAACUAACAAAAGACAAGAAGGAAAUAGUUCUGCAAGCCCACCAUUUCAAAGCACAACAAAAGUAUUGAAGGUGGAAACUAAAUCGCGGCCUUAGGAUUUCGAGUCAGGAUUCGUGUUGGAUUUUUGAAUUACAAAACGUGUUGAUUUUGUCGUUCGGAAAAUCCUGUAACCCCUUAAAACCCCCUGUAACCAUUUUGACCCAAUGUAACACUUCUAACCCCCUGUAACCCCCUGUAGCCCCUUGUAACCCCUUCUAACUUCCUGUAACCCACUGUAACCUCCGGUAACCUAUGGUAUGGUAUGGUAUGGUAACUUUUCAACGCUUCAAGUAUAUAUAGAAAAAAACUAACUCCCUAACUAGUCUAAAAUCCAAGAUAAAAGCUAAAAUAAUAAGGAUGAAAAGAAAACACCUGCUUUUCAAGGAGGCCGUGUGUAAAAACAGCAGAUGGUUAAUUAAAUUAUUUCUCAAUGGAAAUUUGUCUCUUAAUUGUCCCUUAAAAAUACUACGGGAUGUCAAUUGUCGCACCUUCAGAGUUAAGCUGUUUCAUAACACACGUCCGCUGUAAGAAAGACGUUUGAAUUCAUUCACUAGUACUGCAGUCGUAUUUAGAGUAAGUAAGGACGCGAGCGGCGCGAUUCUGCAAUUUCUGCAACUUAGAAGAUAGGUUUUUAGAACAGUUUCCCCAUACUACAUUACAGUAAUCAAAGUGUGGCUGUACCAGUGAAUUGUAUACGUUAAGUAGAAUCUUAAGAGCGGCCGUCCGUAAAUAUCGCCUGGGGGUGUGCAAAAUGAAAAAAUCGAAAAUCCCCAAACUUUGUCAGAUUAUAAGUCUAGGUAAACUAUUUCUAGAAAAAUAACUUUUAGUUCCAUUGGAUUUUUAUUUUACGCGUACGGCGACCGAGUCUGUUCAGAGGCUCUCAGAUCAGUUUUCACAGGCUCAAGACCAUAUAUUACUUAAAAAUCGUUUAAAAAUUAAAGAAGUAACAAACUCUGCCUCUGAAAAUCUUAAUAGAAAGAGCACAACUUAACAAAUAGUUUCGAUGUGAAAUUUUCCUAUUCGACAAGAAAUCUAAUAUUUUUCGGAUUUUUAAUAAUUUUACUUAUUUUAUAGCUUUUUGACAGACAUAAAAUUAGCAAAUUUCAGACACAAAAAUCACUACUUGGUAUACGGCUUUGAGCCAUAACUUACCUACUGAUGGAAAGAGCAAGGUGUCUUCCUCAAAUAAAUGCAAUAAAAUUCUUGGGCAAUCCUGCAGGGAAAAUGUUUGAACGCCAAACAAAAGCGACCGUUGAGGUCAAAACACGCCAUUUUGUCACGACACUCGAAGCCGGUUAAAUCAAUAAGAAUGCUCUAUUGGCCAGAUUUCUCCAAAGCUCUUUGCUAUUGAGUAAUAUUGAUUAGACUCGACUUAUUUGCAUUUCUUUUGCCUAAUUAUUUCACUUACAAUGCGCCCCUUGGCAGUCGAAAGCCUAAUUUUAACCGGCGGUCAAUGUUUCACAGCAUUCGGAUUACCUGUUUCAAAGCUUACUACCAAUCGGAUUCAUGCACAUAAAAGAACAAAUUUACCGACGUUGGCUUACAUAACGAUGUAUAAAGACUAAAUAUAAUACUUAUCUCUUAGGAAAUGAGGAUGUUUUGGAAAUAUUUAAAAAUAACCGGCCAUUGCGGUCAUUGCGGUCUCCUCACAUCACAGUACCUGCUCGCAGCGUGAAGGAGAAUGCGUUACUCACUUUUGUCCUAGGGUAGGGGGGAUACUCCAGACGAGGGGUGGGGAAUGUCAGUAGCACUGUGUCUGAAAAGUUCUGGAGUAAGUAAGAUUUGUGCUGCAUAAUGCACUAAAUGCUUCCUAAAACUAAAAUCUAAAAGUAAAAAGAUAUGUCAGUUGGCUGGUUGAAAGUUCGACGAACUGAUUACGAAACGUUUGAGAAACAAACAAUUAUGCCACAUGCGCUAUCUAUUAUUUUGGGAUAUCUCGUCUGCUGCUCCUGGCAUGCUUAUUUUAAGCCAUAAGAUCAUUAGAUUAUAGGAAGACCCCAUGGAACUACAAUCUUGGACAGAAUCAUGAAAAAUGAAACAACAACCGUAACCCACCUCCCUUCCCCCCCCAAAAAAAAAAAUAUCAAGGAUGACACCGCGCAAAAGCCAAAAUGCACCAUUUUCCCAUCCUUGUUUGAAGGGGAGGAGGUAUAAAUUUCCAUCUAUUUCGUACAAACAUCGAAGACAACCUGGCGAAAAACUUAAUAUUAAUCACUCAAGACUUCGCGAUGAAAUUCCUGCCCCGGGCAGCUCAGUACCACGGACACUUGUGAAGGCAAAACCACGAUGACAAACUACUGAGGGUCAGCGGGAUCUCUAGUAGACCUGGAUCAGUAACAUCUUCAGUACCGUCCAAAUUAUAAAAUUAAAACAGUAAACUGAUCCUUACGGCAGGAAGAGUGACAGAAAAUGAAAGAAAGAAAACAAAAAUAAAAUGGCAUUAGAACCCCAUGGUGUAAAUCAACGUGUUGAACUCAGUAAGUGGCAUUUAUCUUUUCAGUAACGUAUCUUUUUCUGUUACUACAGGGUAUUCAAAUCUCGCAUGUGCAACCUAACGUUCGAAUUGAUCUUACAUCUGUAUUCAUUUUUUUGUUCUUUUUUAUUCCCGUUGAAGGUUUGUGUUGCAGACCGAAGUAUUGGGCAAAUAUCAUUCAUCCUUUCGAUGAUCAAAAUUCCCUAACCUCCAAAUGCAUAGAAAACUGGGCUUUAUUUGAAAGACUUACACACAGCCCGCGAUCGACAUUAUCGGUAUCCCCCGGGGUCCCCGGGGUUGUGCCCAACGCCAAGCCCUCGAAAGCCAGCUCUUUUUUGUCCAGUUCAAGGAUGAGUAUAUAAGCACCUUUUAGCGCCCGGACUUACAUUAGAGAAAAUAUUGGUUUCUCGAGGAGGAAGCACAGCCUUUCGGAAGAUUACUCAGCUGAGCGCCCGGGCAACUCUCUAUGAUAAUAGCGUAUACGGCAACUGGCUCCACCAGAUAGGGGUAGCUAAGGUUUUAGGGAUAUUGGAGGGUAGCGAUUUUAAUAUUAAAAGUAUAUAUGAAAAGUUGAGAAAAGGACGCAAAAGGAAGGGUUAAAAAACAAAAUGCAGAGAAAAUAUCUUAGUUUUUUAUCUUUUCAAUUACAUACAGUUUUAAAAAAGGAGAAGGAGAGGAACAGUGCAUUCAAAGCAGUUUGAAGAGAUACAAAGAAAAGCGACUGUUUAAGGGACACCAUUUUUUAAUGGAAAGUACACGAAAGAGGACACCUUUUCAGUCAAAAAUGGUAUAUAAAUGGGUAAUGGCUUCAUUCCAGCUGGGGCAGUGACUCCCAGUAUAAAACUUUGUUAGGUAGCCCGUGUCGUUGAGCGUGUCGAUGUUGCGUUUGAUAUGUUGAUCUGGAAAGCGAAGAUAUUUCAGUAAAACUGAUCGUCACGGAACGCGUAAAAUCGUGCUCUUGAAACUAAUUAGUAAGAUUUUAAGCAUGUCCACCUAUUCUCUUCUAACAUUCCCCAGCAAAGUAUUCUUCCAUUAAUGUCAUUGCGUAAUAACAGAAAAUCUGGUAAGCUGAUAAGCAAAUUUACCCCUUUGGAACUGAAUAGUUGAACGGGCUUACUGCUAAAUCUCCUGACAUCCAAGCUAACGAGGGAUUGUGUCUCACGGCUUGUGCCCGUGCGAAGGUAGGGUGGGGCAGGGAGUCGGGGAGUGGAAUUGGGGUUAUGGAUGUUACUGACUCUAAGUGUUAAAGACAACCGAAAGAAAAACAAAGUUUCGGUUAAAUUUAAUUCUAGACCUAGACAGAUUCUGCGCUGUACCCUUUUAGCAACUUGUACGAUUUUGAGCUACUUUUUCGAUUCUGAGCAGCUUUUCGGAGAGUAAGCCACUCUCAAAGUUAGCGCAUUUUUGGCAUAUUUUCACUAUUUUUAAAUUAAAUUCAUAAAUAAUCGAUAUUUCAACACAUUUUCUUUUGAAAUUCACAAGGAAUUUCACUGGAAAAUUUCUUGCGUUUUGAUCGGUUGGAUAUCAUAUGUUGAUAGAUUCCAAAUAUGGAUGUCCCAGAUGUGACUCCAUUUCCAUAAUGGAUGGGUAUCCUGGCCUGUGAUAAUAUUCCAAAUAUGGUACAACAGUACGUACAUUAAAGGUAGCACGCUGCACGCCUCUGCUGUCCGUUUCAGGUUUAAGGAUUAAGGCCGAAUGCUGUCUCACUGGAAGAGCUUAAGAUGUUCUCUUUGUGGAUGACAACAUCAUAGCAAACUUAGCGACAAAGCUUCUUGCCAAUCUUGCAACUGCUGACGGUGUUGUGUACUCGAGUGAUACACGAUGAAGUAGUCUUAGGACGUCUCAGUUUUAUUUUCUCAAUAUUUUAGCUGAUAAGGUCUUUUUUUUUUCUAGAGAUCAAACGAUGACAACCAGCACGCAGGAUGUUCGUCCACGGCUUGUGCAGUUUAUUCCUUAAACCGGAAGUGGAAGGUUAUCAUAGUGUGUUCAGUCAGUCAAUUCAGUUUAUUUUCUCUCAUAUUUUAACUAGUGAUAAGUUAGAGCCUUUUUAAAGAUUUUUGUUCACAGUUAUAAACGUUUCUAUUGAACUUGUUGCACACUAUGAAACUUUAAGAAAUAAACUUCAGAAGCUGUAGACGUAGAUCCUGCCGGUUUUCAACGUUGGAUCUCUAAAAAAAGAUCUAAUCAGCUAAAAUAUAAAGAAGAGAAAACGAGACGUCCUAAGACGGCAUAGUUUCAGGCUGGGAUAGUUUUGAAUCACUGCCUAGGCCUACUUAAAUUGUACAGUCAGCUUCCGGUUUGAAGUGCAUUGCACUUCCUGCUCUGUGUCACGCAAACGUGACAUUCCUACUCGGUGAUGUACAAGUAUUUGGCACAGGAUGGGAAGACAGUAUGCUGUUGCACAUCUUUGAUAGGCAAAAAAAAAAUGGUAGGUUUAAAAAUAGGAUUUCUUGGUAUCAUAUUAAGAAAGUUACAAUUCCACGUUGAGUUGCGUGAAUGAUUUUGAGUUCUAAAAAGCUAUGACGUUUCAACGCGCUUUCGACCGCGACAACUUACGAAGAGUAUAGAUAUUGCAAGACGCAAUAUGUCAUUUGUUAGCAAACGGUUCCCAACAAAAUGCACAGAACAAGGCAUAUAGCUGCUUAGAAACAAAUUGUCUCGGCAAAUGGAAAGAGUUCCGUGCGAAAAAACGCAUAAGUAUCUUGUUAACCGGGAGUAUCGUUGUUUUUCCCCUUCGAGUGUCGUGACAAAAUGGCGUGUUUUGACCUCAACGGUCGCUUUUGUUUGGCGUUCAAACAUUUUCCCUGCAGGAUUGCCCAAGAAUUUUAUUGCAUUUAUUUGAGGAAGACACCUUGCUCUUUCCAUCAGUAGGUAAGUUAUGGCUCAAAGCCGUAUACCAAGUAGUGAUUUUUGUGUCUGAAAUUUGCCAAUUUUAUGUCUGUCAAAAAGCGGUAAAAUAAGUAAAAUUAUUAAAAAUCCGAAAAAUAUUAGAUUUCUUGUCGAAUAGGAAAAUUUCACAUCGAAACUAUUGGUUAAGUUGUGCUCUUUCUAUUAAGAUUUUCAGAGGCAGAGUUUGUUACUUCUUUAAUUUUUAAACGAUUUUUAAGUAAUAUAUGGUCUUGAGCCUGUGAAAACUGAUCUGAGAGCCUCGGAACAGACUCGGUCGCCGUACGCGUAAAAUAAAAAUCCAAUGGAACUAAAAGUUAUUUUUCUAGAAAUAGUUUACCUAGACCUAUAAUCUGACAAAGUUUGGGGAUUUUCGAUUUUUUCAUUUUGCACACCCCCAGGCGAUAUUUACGGACGGCCGCUCUUAAAAGGGAGAAAAUACCUAAUACGCUUAAUCGCACUUAUGCCAGAAGCAAUCUUCUUAGAGACUUCGCUAACAUGAGACUCCCAAGAAAGAUUUCCAUCCAUGUGAACACCUAGGGAUUUUUAAGUGGAAACUUGUUUAAUCGGAAACUUGUUAAUUUCAAUUAUUGGAUUCCUCUCUAGCGUUGACAGUCUUUGCCUGGACCCAAUUAAUAAAAAUUCUGUCUUAGUCGUGUUUAGCGUAAGUUUGUUCGCUGCAAGCUAUAUACGAAUUCUAUCUAAAUCUAAGUUAACUCAGCGCUAUAUUUCUUCAACAUCAUUGCUCGCAUAGGUGAUGCUAGUGUCGUCAGCAUACAUUCUAGGUUGUGAAUGCAUGAGGCAAUUCGAAAGGUCAUUUAUAUAUAGUAAAAACAAAAGAGGACCCAAAAUCGUUCCCUGCGGGACACCACAGGGUAGGUACGUUUCAAAUGACUUUUUGGAAUUAACGAGACACGUUUGUACACGAUUUCUCAAAUAAUAACAGAACCAUUGAUUAGCAGAAUCACGGAUACCAUAUGCUUGCAGUUUUAAGAGAAGAAUAGCAUGGUUUACCAUUUCGAAAGCCUUUUUAAGGUCUAAGAAGGCAACUGCAUUGACAAAGCCGCUGUCGACGUUAAAACCAGCUAUCUGUGGCUUCGAUCAAUGCAGUAACUGUGCAGUGGAGUGUGGGAAAACCAGAUUGGUAACAACAGAGAAGUUUGUUUUCGGUUAGAUAACGAUAUAGCUGAUCAUAAACAAUGCGCUCGAAAACGUUAGCCACCACAGGAAUGAUCGAAAUCGGCCGGUAAUUUAAGGGAUCGCUUCUAUUGCCACAUUUCUUGUAGAAAGGAGUGAUCCUAGCGCUCUUCCAUUCAUCGGCAAAAAUACUUGUUUCAAUCGAUCGAUUGAAAGAGUUGGAAAUUAGAUCGAAGCAUUCUCUCAGAAGUCUGGCCGAAACUGUAUCAAGUCCAGUGGCUUUCCUCAUGCAUAAUUUACGUAACUGAGACGAAACCAGAGAUGGACUUAUUUGUUGAAAACUAAGGCUGCCCGAGAUAGAUUGAUUUACAAAUUCAUCGAAACAAGUAUACAUGUCUUCAAUAUUCUCGGACAGCUUGGGACCGAUUUCGGCAAAGAAUUUAUUGAAACCUUCCGCAAUUUCAGUCGGAUCAGUUAAUUUCUUGUCUUCAAAUUCGAGUUCAUUUAUAAUCGCUUUUCAGAUUUGCGACCGGUCACCUCAUUAAUGGUCUCCCAGGUCUUACGUGAGUUGCCGUCACAAGCUGUAAGAGAUUUCAAAUAAUAGGACUUUUUAACCCCCUGUAAUCCCAAUUCAGACAAAAUCUCUCAUUCAGGAUUUUGGCUAAAAAAAAAUCUUAAGAAUAGCAAAAAUAUUGAAUUCGGGAUUUUGGCUAACCGAAAUCUUCAAUUUAGGAUCUUGGACUUCCAAAAUCUUGAAUUGACGGUUUGGCCUUCCAAAAUACUAAAGUCAGUUUAAUCUUGAAAUCAGGAUUUUGGCUUUCCAAAAUAAUGAAUUCAGUAGUUUGGUUUUCCAAAAUCUUGUAAUUUGGAUUUUGGCUUACCGAAGUCUUAAAUACAGUAUUUUAGUUUUCCAAAGUCUUGAAUUUAACCAAUAUCGUGAAUUCAGAAUUUUGACUAACCAGAAUCUUAAAGUCCGCCAAAAUUUUAAAUCCCAUUUCCUUGAUUACCAAUAUCUUGAAUUCGGGAUUUUGGCCUACCAAAUUCUUGAAUUCGUGAUCUCGGCUUACUGAAAUCUCGAAGUCAGCAAUAACCUUCAAUUCAUUAUUUUGGUUUUCGAAAAUCUUGAAUGUAGGAUUUUGGCUUUCCAAAACUUUCAAGUUAGUAUGUUGGCUUUCAAAAAUCUUCAAUUUAGGAUUUUACCUUUUUUAAAAUCUUGAAUUCAGGAUUUUAGCAUUUAGAAAUCUUGAAUUGAGGAUUCUGAUCUUCCAAACUCUUGAAAUCACGAUUUUUUCGUUCCAAAAUCUUGAAUCCACGAUUUUGGCAUUUUAGAAAUUGUGAAUUCAGGAUUCUGAUCUUCCAAAAUCUUUAAUUCAGGAUUUUGGCCUUGGAAAGCCAUGAAUUCACUAUUUUGGAUUUCCAAAAUCUUGCGUUCAGGAUUUUGAUUUUCAAAAAUCUUGAAUUGACGAUUUUGGGUUGCUAAAAUCUUAUAUUUAGCGCAAUUCUUGAAUUCAGAAUUAUGGCUUGCAAAAAAUCUUGAAAGUGGGUACCAUAACCCCCAGUUAGGAUUUUGCAUUAGGAUGCGUAUAGGAUUUUUGAUUAAGAAAUCGUGUUAAUUUUUUCGAUCGGAAAAUCCUGUAACCCCUUGUAACCCCCUGUGACCCUUAGUAAGUCCCUGUAACCUUUUGUGACCUUUGUAACAGCCUUUAACAUCUUAUAAUCCCGUAUAACCCCUCGUAAGCAACUGUGAAUAGCUGUAACCCCAUGUAACACCUUGCUAAUCCCUGAAAACCCCUGUAAUCUCUUGUAACUGUCUGUAACCCCCUGUAAACCCCUAAAACCCUCUAUAAUCCCCUGCAACCUCUAGUAACUUCCUCUUACACCCUGUAAUCUCCCGUAGCCCCUUGCAACAACCUGGAAGCCCUUGUUGCCCCUUGUUACAACCUGUAUCCCCUUGCAACCCUUUUAAGCCCUUGUAAUCCCCUGUAACCCCUUGUAACCCGCUGUAACACUUUGUAACUCCUGUAACCCUCUCUAAUCCCCUGUAACCCCUUGGAACCCCCUUAAGAGGGGCCUUAUUCCUUGGCAUUCGCAUACAUCAAGGAGGGCGAACACGGCGGGCGUUGAACAUACGGGCGCUGAAGGAGGCAAAUUUAUCGUCGUUACCCAUGUAUCUGAAACCGAAGAGACCACUAGUUAUGAACCGGCCAAAUCGCCGUUUUUCAAUCGCAGUAAAAAAUCAGUUUAGUUGGACUGACUCGCGUUAAAAUUUCGAGUCUUUCAUGCUUCGCAAGCUUGGUUUCUCAUCAGCCGACAUUUUGUCGAAGACCUGCAACGGAACAUUUAAAGUGUGGAAAACUGCAAACGUGACUUUUAACCUAUACCCAAAGACUAUAGCCUUACUGGUUCAGGUAAAAGCGGUACAUGUACAAUCUGCAAGAAACUCGCUUCGUCAGUUUUGCGAAGAAACUAUACAACUUGACCUAGAUGCAAGCUCCUCGAUUACUGAAGUAAAUGAAGUAGUUCACGACAUCCUUGGACAAGAAGGCGAUGAUCAGCAAGAAGAAGAGUUGAAUUUAAUGGCGGAUGAAAAGUUCGACAGCGAUACUAAGGAUGGUGGAACUAGUUGUUUUUUGAAUAAUUUCCAAACCACCGCCGAGUCCAUCGAGGUGUUAAUUACUAACGUGGGUGAGAAACUUUCAAGCGAAAUUGUUAACAUCUUCUGGUCGGAAAUUGAUAGCAUUGAGUCUAAUGUUUUACCAACAUCACACGAGAACCAUCAGUCCCUAUUACUGCUGGAGCUAGACGAGCUUCGACUCAAGUGUUCAACUUACGAGUCAACCAUCGACAAUCUUGAAAAGGAGAAGGCUAGUCUUCGCGCAGUUACAAAAAUUCUUUCCAGUUCAGAAAAUCGCGAAAACUUUGACCCCACACAUUUUUCAGUCAGCAAUGAACCAACUGAUGGCAGCGAAUGGACUAAAGUAGGCAAUGUGAAAUCGAAGAGACAGAAAAACAAGAAAAGUAAACAGAAUGGAACAGAUGCAAAGGAAGAUGCAGUAAAAGACUUUAACGAUCAUAAUUCCAGCUCGCAAGCACCAAAACAAAUUACUUCAAAUUCGGCCCAGUUGACUGAUCAGAAACCCUGUGUUAUUAUCGCGGGUGAUUCGAUGUUAAAGGUUAUUAACGGUCGAAAACUUUCCACUCAAAUUUCUAACCAAAGCUUCACUCAUGUCAAGGCCUUUCCAGGCGCGACGGUAGAAGAUAUGUCUGACUACAUAAUGCCCUCUCUUCCCAGAAAACUUGACGUGUUGGUACGAACAACCUCAAGUUCUCCGAGCCACCAGAAUUUGCUGCAGGUAUCGUCAACCUGGGAUUAAAGAUACAAAAUCAAUCUUCGGAUUGCAAUAUAACUAUUUCAUCGUUGAUUUCAAGAUCAGACCAAACUCUUAACAGCAAAAUCAAGGAGGUGAACAAAAUCGUGAACCAAUUUCCCAAGCAGCAUGCCUGGAGAACAAUCCCUCACUCCAACAUCACGAACGAUCAUCUUAAUGCUAGUAGACUUCAUUUAAAUGUAAAAGGUACCAAACUAUUAGCUAACCCCCUGUAACCCCCCGUGACCCCCUAUAAUCCCUUGUAAUUCAACAGCCCCUGUAACACUUUGUUACUCCUUUAACCAGCUGUAGAACCCUGUACCCCCGAGUAAGCCCUGUAUUGCUCCAGUGAUAAGAUAUGAGAUGACACUCGUUCACGUACUGAUGUUUAUUUCCUUUCUUAACCUUACUUCCAUAAACACCGUGAGAACUAAAAUAAAGGUAAGAGUAUUUUACAAAUAAGGUUGUGAAAUUACGGAAAUACAUAAUCAUCCCAAGACGGAAAGGUAAAAACUUAAAUUGCCAAAUAACGGUAAAUGAUGUCGUGUGUAGACUUAACCGUCUAAAAUCUAAAACUUGAUUUUACAAUGCCCAGAAAUAAAAUCGGUUUAAAGGAUAAAAUUUAAGUUAGCGUAAAUAUUUACCUUGGUGAUGUCCUUAAAAUUAGAACAAGGAAAGCUUGAAAUGGAACCCUGCGUCAACUAACCGCAAAAACAGAAAACUUAACCUUUUAACAACAAAAUUGCGUGGCGCUUUCGCGUGCGUCCCCUGCGUUAGAAAGAACCUCCGUUAGAUCUACAAAUUAUAACGUUAGCGUGCGCGUGCAGAAAACAAAGAUUUCGGAUAAAAAAUAAGUUAGUUAAACGUGCGGCUAAUUGCUGUACCUGUAACCUCCGUUAACUCCCUAUAACCCCUUGUAACCCCUUGUAAGGACCUGUAACCACUUUUAACCCUUUGUAACCCCCUGUCACCCUGUGUAACCCCCUGUAGCCACUUGUAACCCCGUGUAACCCCCUGUAACCUCAUGGAACCCUAUGUAACCCUUUGCAAUAUCAAUACAAUACAAUUCAAUAACUUUAUUUAAAGAGGGAAGCGCAAUAACCUAUUACAGUUUUCUAACCUACGGCCCUCAAAAAAAUAGAAAAAUAGAUAAAUAAGUUUAGAAGACUAAAAACAAAUAAAUUUAUUAAUAUAUAUAUAUAUACAUACACAAAAGAGACAAUAUUUAAAGUAGAAUAGGCUAUAAACACGUAAUGAAUAAUAUAUAAAUCGACGAAGGGGGUCAAAAUAUGUACUAUCAAUGAACAUGUGUGCAUAUACACCUAUUUCAAUUAAGGUUGCUCCCGUGAACCAUGUUUCAUAGCCUGCAGUGCACCAUGGUAAACCCUUUUGUAGCGGGAAGUUCGGUCUUGUUCACGUUCAUUGAAAUAAUGGAGACCGUUUGUGAACAGGCGUUCAAGAGAGCUUUCAAGUCAAAUGGCUGCUAAAAUUCUUAAGCAUGAGCGAGCUGAAAUCUUCAUUUUAAAAAUCUGAUAGUAAAAAAUUAGAAGGCUCUUCUUUUGACAAAAUUAAAUGAAUAGGGUUUUACCGCUUGAUUAAGCUGCGGUUUUGCAUGGGCAAGAAUGCUGGUUAUUUCAAUAAGGCAAAUCAACUCUUUUAUUUUUUAUUCAGUUUUAAAAAAAUUGCCUCAAAAAUAGAUAAACACGUAAUGUUAAGUUAUUUAUUGUUGUUCAGCAAACGCCUUGAAUUUGCUUUUUUUAAACACCAUCCAAAAUUCCCACGUGCACGAGCAAAGCAAACUCGUUGAAAAUUUGCAGCAUUUGCAUAUUACACAGAGGAAAACCUAUUACCUCAAAUCACUGUCUUGAAUUAAAAAGCUUAGGAUUCAGUGUUUUGAAAUACAUUGUCCUGACAUAGCAUAGAAAGGUUAGCAGCGUUUGCUUUCUAGGUUUCUAGGCGCGUUUUGGGCACGUAAUUUACUAGAAUUGCUACAAUAAUGCACCGCGGGCUAUGAAACAUGGAUCAUGCAUCAUUCUUCUCAGAAGCAACGUUAAUUGACAUAGGUGUAUGCAUAAAUAUUAAUUAAAAGAAGUAAUAGUGGUUGUAGUAGGACUAUGAAAAACAGUAACAAUGAAUAGAAUAGCGGCAAGUGGAGCACAGUAGAUCCUCCAAGUGCUCGGCCGAUGAUAGGCGUGAGAAAAACAGACUUCGUAAUGUAGACUUAAGAGAGGAGGGAAGAAAUUUAAAUAUCAGUGGAGAAGAAGAAAUAGAAAACUCUUUUAAGUCGGAACUGAGGUCAUUAAAAAGUUUAGUAACAGUAUAGGCCAAGGUGCGUUUCCCAGAGUUGCUAUGUGGGCAUGGCACCUUUAAGUCGUAGAGAGAGGCUCUUGUAAAACGGCCCAGAGGUCCACGCGAAUCACAAAGGAAUUGGAAUCUGUUCCUGAGACAUUUAGGAGCAUUCGGAUUAAGGAGUACGAUUCAAAGAAGAAAAAGUUUCCUGUAUUUAAUAAGAUCAAAAACGGGAAACCAGUUAAGUUUUAAAAGUAAAGAAAUAGAAGCCUGAGAGAGGUCGGCAUCAAGGAGUAUACGCCCAGCACGCUUCUGAAGACGAAGCAGUCGUAAGAGGAGAUGGUGGGAACAGUUACCCCAGGCAGCAGAACAAUAAAUAAAGUAGUUGUUAACACAACAAUUAUAGAAUCUUAAAGCAGAAUCAAAGUUAAGAUAAGGUUUGAUGCGACGGAGAAGAGAAAGCCUACUGCUAAUGAUGCCGCAGAUUGUAUCGAUAUGAUGCUCCCAAGACAUGUCACUGUCUAUUAUAACGCCCAGGAUCUUGGCAUAGUCCACUUGCUCAAUAGAUCUACCAUCGAUUUGAACAUUGAGUGCCGAGCUGGUUAAGGUACGGCGUUUCUGCAGGGUCGUAAUAAGUAAAGAUUUAGUUUUGGUUGUGUUAAGUGACAUUCGAUUAUUAUCAGCCCACGUAGAUACAGUUCUAGCAACUUCAUUCAACUGAGUGCUGAGGGAAGUAACAGAGGACCCUCGAACAAGAAUAGUAGUAUCAUCCGCAAACAUAGUUGAAGUUACGUCUGAAUGUAGCUCUAACGGCAAGUCGUUGAUAUGAAUAAUAAAGAAAAGUGGCCCCAGGAUACUACCCUGCGUCACACCCACAGAGACUGGAAGUGCUUCAGAUAGAGUGCCCCUAGACUGGGUUUUUUGGGAACGACCGGAUAGAUAAGAGCGAAACCAAACCAUGGUAGAGUGGGAACAACCAUAGAUACGAAGUUUAUGAAGUAACGUAUCAUGAUAACCUGUAACCUCUCAACAGCCCCUGUAACACUAUCCUGUAACCCCCUCUAAUUAGCAUCUAACAGCAUUAAGAUGUUCGUUCGUGAUGUUGGAGUGAGGGAUUGUUCUCCAGGCAUGCUGCUUGGGAAAUUGGUUCACGACUUUGUUCACCUCUUCAAAGCCCCUGUAACACUUUGUUGCUCCUUUAACCAGCUGUAACCCUCUGUACCCCCGAGUAACCCUCUGUAACCCUUUGUAACCUCGUGCAACCCCCUGUGAGUGAGUGAGUGAGUGCAAACUUUAUUUACCCACGGUAAUUUUAUCAAAUAACUUUACAUAAAGCAUCUGUUCUACCUAAAAGCCGUGCAUUAUUUAACUUACAUAAAGAUAUAGAUAUAUAUCUAAAAACUAAGAAAGAUCGUACACAAUGGUAAACCUAACGAUGAAAGACUUAAAUUAUGAGGCUUGUGUAGAUAGCAAAUACGACCUGAUCUGAGCCUUAAAUUGUUUUAAAGAAGUCUCCUCCUUUAAACUGUAACGAAGAGAAUUCCAGAGAUUAGCGCCUGCAGAAGCAAAACUAUUCCUAAAAUAGUUUGUUCUUGCUUUUGGCACUAUUAAAUUCAUGCCAGAAGAGCGAAGGUCAUAACUGAGCCGGCUUGUAUGAACGUCAAACAUGUCAGACAAAUAAGAGGCACAGAGGCCAUGAUUUACAUUAAUGCCAUAUGAUGUUGUCUCAUUUCACUAAGUGAGAGCAACCCAAGUUCAUGCCGAAUAUCAGCUGAAUGUUUCGAGUAUGAAGCACCUGUAAUAACACGAGCGGCUCUAUUUUGCAACCUUUCAAGACUGUCUACCAACGUUUCGCCAAUACUAUCCCAAACAAUACAACAAUAAGUAAAAUAAGGCUCAACUAUUGACCUGUAUACGUUUAUGAGGUGCUCCAAACCAACAAAAGGCCUAAUCCUCUUAAGAAUUCUAAUGCCACACCCCACCUUUUGUCUGACACUUUGUAAAUGAUUUCUCCAAGUAAGAAAUUGGUCGAUAGUGAGGCCAAGACACUUUAUACUUUCGACCUGUUGUAACGUUAAACCAUUCACACUUAAUGAAAUAUCUCCAGCUAAUGUUGCAAUUCUCUGCCGAGAACCUAUCGCCAUAAAAUGUGUCUUUAGAAUCUUCAAUGUGAGUUUAUUUGAGCUGAGCCAAUUAAAAAUUCUGCGAUGGUCGUUGCUCAUUUCAGUCUGGAGGAUUGAUAAAUCCACGGCAGAGAACGUUAAAUUUGUAUCAUCAGCAAAUGACCUUCCUAUACUAUGAUCUAAGCAAUUUGGUAAGUCAUUAAUGUAAAUAAGAAACAAGGGUGGGCCUAAUAAAGAACCCUGUGGCACGCCACAUACGAUACGAUUUUUUAGAGACGACAAUCCGUUUAUCACGCAAAAUUGCUGUCUGUCUUUUAGGUAAGACUUGAACCAAGAAGCGGUUUGACCCUGCACACCAUAGUCAGACAGUUUUUUCAACAAGAUAGCAUGGUCAAGAGUGUCAAAUGCCUUCUUAAGAUCAAGGAAAAUAACACCACUGACCAUACCUUUAUCAAUAUUAAGACACCACUGAUUUGUCAUAUCUAGAAGCGCAGUUACAGUUGAAUGAAGAAAACCCAGAUUGACGAGGCUGAAUAAGGUUAUUUUCCGUAAAAUAGGCAUAUAUCUGCUCAUAAACUAAUCGUUCAAAAACUCUGGCUAUAGUUAGUAAGGCAUAAAUCGGUCUAAAGUUAUUUGGAUCAUUACGUUCACCUGAUUUAAAUAGCGGAAAGACCUUUGCAGCUUUCCAAUCAUUUGGAAAAGUAUUUGUAGUAAUCGAGAGGUUGAAAAGGUCAGCUAACGAUAAAGAAAUAACUGGAGCCGCUAUUGUUAAAACCUUGUUUGGGUGUUAUCAUGACCAGUCGCCUUUGUAACAUUUACUUCCUGCAGUUUUUUAAACACGUCAGAGAUCGUGACUUCCUUCAGUUCAAAAGAAGAAUUAACGCGCUCUUGGGAAUCAGCUGGAUUUACAUCACAAUCCACCUAGGGAUUUCAGAUGCAAAUUUCGGCCCAACGUUUGUAAAGUGAAUAUUUAAGUAUUCAGCGAUUUUCUAGGGAUCAGAUGAAGGCCCAGAAUUUUCUGUCUUUAAAUAAUUAAUCCGUGUGCUGUCCGAUUUCUUACCGAUGCGGUCGUUAAGAAUUUUCCAAGUUGCUUUUAGGUUACCAGAGGCUCUUUCUAUUUGAUGUUUGUAAUAAUCCUACUUUGUCUUUUGUGCGUUUUUGUUAACCGUUAACUUUUUAGUUGUAUAUGCCUUCCAAUCAUCCGGCCCUUGCGUUUCUGAAGCUUGUUUCUUUAGCCAGUCACGUUUAUAAAUUUCUUCUUUUAACUGAGAAUUUAGCCAAGGAGCGGGUUUAUUUCUGACUCGCAUGACUCUUCUCGGAGCAUGCUUAUCAACUAUAUUCAAAAAUAUAUCUUUUCAUGCAUUCCACGCACUAUUCACUUCCAUACCGCUUUUAAUAACAGGCCAUGAGGCAUUUUUCAGAUCUGUUAAGAAAUUGUUCUCAUUGAAAUGUUUAAAAUUCCUCAAUUGAAUAAACUUUGGUUGUCCCCUGGGUAAACCAAUUUUUCUAACAGCAUAAAUUAAAUUGUGGCCGCUAAUGGAAAGUGUGUAUACUCCUGAAUGAGAAAGAUUAUCUUCCUUGUUCUAUCUACUAUCUACUAUCUACCAGAUCCGAUUUUGAUUCAUUAAUAGCCAAAACAUCCAGGGGCUUAUUUGUCAUAAAGACUUUUAAUUCAUCUAUGUGUUUAGUAAGACUAAUUACGUUGAGCAAGGCAAUUUUGAAACCUCUAAUUUCAGAAGUAAUCUUAUCAAAUGACAUUGGUUUGGCAGAACAGUGAUCAUUAGGUCGUCGAUUACUAUCUACACAGGUCAAAUUUCAUUCUCCAUUAAUAUAUUCCCUAAAAUUAGACGCACGGCGGUAAAAACCUUUCCGAUUUAAACGCAAUCCACUUAUAGUAAGAGAGUCCUCUUUGAUGUUACUGUUAUCAAUAAAAACCCACUUCUUACUCUGACAAAAAGAAGAGAGCCGGCGAUUUACCUCAUCAAUCUUGGAAUUAAAAGGUUGAUCAUCAAACUUGUAACUCUCUAUAACCUCUUGUAACGCCAUGAAACUCCUUGUAAUUUAUUUUAACCCAACUUAGCCUCCUGUAAUCCCCUGUAACCCCUUGUAACCCUCUGUAACCCCUUAAAACCCCUUUAAACCCCUGUAACCCCCUGUAAUCCCUUGUAAUCCCCUGUAACCCGUUGUAACCCCCUUUAACACUUUCUAACCCCUGUAACCCCUUCGAACCACUGUAACAACAUUUAAAUCCCUGUAUCCCUUGGUAGCCCCCUGUAACCCCUUGUAAGGCCUUGUAACCACCUGUACCCCUUGUAACCCCAUGUUACCCCUUUCCAAAUUAUAACCCCUGUAAUCUUUUGCAAUCCUCCGUAAACUCUUGUAACCCGCUGUAACAGUUUGUAACCCUUUUAACCUAAAUAUCGAUUUUAAAAGAAUUUAAUUUGCGAUUUAAUAAAGGAUUGAAUUAACCGCAAAAAACAGUGGACGAAGAUCCCGCUAGUUGUAAACGUUAGAUCUCUAGAAAAGAGAUCUAAUCAGCCAUAAUAUAAAGAACCAAGAACGAGAGGUCCAAAGACUACUGCAAAGCUGAUAUAAAAGUACGUGUAUUGUUUUUUAUAAAAACAUUUCCGCUGGCCGUACACAGGGCCUCCUUGAAAAGCAGGUGUUUUCUUUUCAACUUGAUUAUUUUAGUUUUUCACUUAGAUUCUAGAUUAGUUAGGUAGUUAGUUUUCUAUACUUGAAUAUAAAUAUACCUGAAGAAAAUACCGUGUAUAAAUAAAAUUACCAUACCAUACCAUACCAAUCAGCUGUAACCCCCAGUAACUCUCCGUAACCCCCCUGUAACCCUUUAAAACCCGCUGUAACUCCUUGUAACCGUUUGUACCCCAGGGUAACGCUUUGUAGCAACCGGUAACCUUGGUAGCCCCCUGCACUUUCUUGCAGUCCUCUGUAAUCCUUUGUAACCUCCUCUUAACCUUUGUAACCCUCUAUAGCCUUCUGUGAACCCCGUAACUCUCUGUAACCAACUGUGACGCCUUGUAACCCACGUUAACCCCCUGGAACUCACUGUAACCCCUUGUAACCCUUUGCAACCCCAUGAAACCCCUUGCAACCUCUUUUAAUCCCUCUUAACCGCUUGUAACCUCAUAUAACCCCUUGCUAGACCCUGUAGACAGCAGCUGCCCCAUGAAACCCCUUGCAACACUUUGUAACCCCUUGUAAUCUUUUGUAGGUCCCUUUAACUCCUUGUAACCCAAAGAAACCUCUUGUAACCCCUUUUAACCUUUUGUAACCCCUUCUAACCCUCUGUAACCCCUUGUAACGCGCUGUAAUUCCUUGUAACCUUUUGUGCCCCCCCUGUAACCCGUUGUAAUUCCCUUUAACCCCAUAUAAUCCCUUCCAAUGCACUGUAACCGCUUGUAACCCGCUUUAACACUUUGUAACCCCUUUAAUCACCUAACCCCCUGUACCCCCUGUACCCCCUUGUAACCCUCUGUAACCCUCUAGGUUCCCCUGUAACCCCUUGUAACCCCCUUCUUACCCUUUGAAACCGCUUGUAGCCUCCUGUAACUCCCUGUAACUUUCUGUAACCAACUGUAACGCCCUGUAACCCUCUGCAAGCCUCUCUUACCCUUUGUAACCCUCUGUAGCUUCCUGUACCCCCUGUAGCUCCUUGUAACGAGCUGUAACGCCCUGUAAUCCAAGUUAAACCCCUGAAACCCCUUGUAGCCAUCUGUAACUCCUUGUAAGCCCCUGUAAUCCCUGUCACCCUUUAUCCUUUUGUAAGCCACGGUAACCACAUUAUUCGCGGAAACCCCUAUAACUCUGUCAUCCCUUAUAGGCCCAUGUAACCUCUUGAAAUCAAUGUAGGAAGAAAGUGGAUACGAAAUAUCUUGUUGGUAGGAUUGGGUGGCCCAACACCUGGAAAUUGGGAGUUGCAGUUAGUUUGUAUGCUUUCACGAUUGCACUAUCUUUUACUUAGUGCUAUGAAGAAAAGACCAAAAUGUUGUAACUAAAAAAGGACAACAAGCCAAUAGUCCCGCAAUCCCACCAACUCAAAGCAUAUUAAAUCUAUUCAAAGUGGGUACCAAAUGGCCAAGUUAGAAUUUCGAGUUCGAUUUCGAGUCAGGAUUGGUUUCGAAUUUUUCGAAUAAGUUUAUUUUUCCGUUCAGAAAAUCCUUUAACCCCUUGUAACCCUCUGUAACCAUUGUAACUGCCUGUAACCCCCUGAAAUCUUUUGUAACGCCCUGUAAUCUCGUGUAACACACUGCAACCCCUUUUAACCCCCAGUAACCCCCUGUAACCUACUGUAACGCCCUUAACCACCUGUAACACCUUGUAAGCCAAUGUAACCCCGUGUAACCUCCUGUAACCCCAAUUUACCCGAAACUUUCUAUUCAGGAUUUUGGCUCUUAAAAAUCUUACAGAAACGUUUAAGUCACCCGAAUCUUGAAUUCAGGAUUUUGGCAUUUUAAAAUCUUGAAUUCAAGAUUUUUAUCUUCCAAAAGUCUUGAAUUCAGGAUUUUGAUCUUCCAAAUCUUGAAUUCAGCGUUUUGAUCUUCCAGCAUCUUCAAUGCACCAGUUUGCCUCUUUAAAAUCUUGAGUUCAGGUUUCUGGUUUUUCAAAAUCUUGAAUGUAGGAUUUUAGAGGUCCGAAAUCUUACACUCAAGAUUUUGGCGUUACAAAAUCGUGAUCGGGAGUUGCACUUGGUUUUUGUGCUUUUACAGUUAUACUAUCUACCAUUUAGUGCUAUGAAUAAAUGACCAAAAUGUUGUAACUGAAAAAAGACAAGAGGCAAAUAUUCCUGCAAGCCCACCAUUUUAAAGCGCAACAAUUAUUAAAAGUGGGUACUAUAUCGCACAGUUAGGAUUCCGAGCAAGGAUUCCUGUGGAAUUUUCCAAUUUGAAUUUGUGUUGAUUUUUUCGUUCGGAACCCCUUGUAACUCCCUUUAAUCGCCCGUAACCACUGUAACGCACUGCAUCUCCUUGUAACCUAAUGUAACCCACUGUAACCUCCGGUAUUAUGACCCCCUUAAAUCCCAAAUCAGGCAAAAUCUUCAAUUCAGGAUUUUGGCUUUCGGAAAUCAUGAAUUCAAAGUUUCGAUUUUCCAAAAUCUUGAAUUCAGGAUUUGGGGUUGCCAAAAUCUUAUACUUAGCGAAAUUCUUGAAUUCAUGAUUAUGGCUUUCAAAAUAUCUAGGGAACAUCACGCCCGGUUAGGAUUUCGCGUCUGAAUGCCUAUAGGGUUUUCGACUGAGAAAUCGUGUUAAUUUUUUCGUUCGGAAAAUCCUGUAACCCCUUGUAACGCCCCUGUAAUCAAACAGACAGAAACUCUUAACCUCCUUGUAAACCCUUGUAACCCUUAGUAACUCAAUGUAACCUUUUGUGACCUUUGGAACAACCUUUAGCUUCUUGUAACCCCAAUAACUCUUUGUAACCUACAACAAACAGCUGUAAUCCCUUGUAAGUCCCUGUAACCCCAUGUAACCCCUUGCAACUCCGUAAACCCCUUGUAAUCUCUUGUAAGUCUCUGUAACCCCUUGUAAUCUCUUGUAACACUCUGUAACCCCUCUGUUACCCGAUGAAACCCUUUACAAGGGGUUACAGGGGGUACAAAGGGUUACAGGAGGGUUACAAGAGGUUACAAGGGGUUACAGGGGGUCACAAGGGGUUACAUGGGGUACAUAGUGCUGCGGGGGGUACAAAGGGUUACCAGAGGUUACAGAGGUUAUAAGGGAUUACAGGGGGUUACAAGAGGUUACACGGGGUUACAGGGGGUUCCAAGGGGUUACAGGGGGUUACAAGAAGUUAAAAUCCAACGGCUCUGGCGAAUAAAUUUAACGAAUACUUCACGUCAGUAAGGAGUGUGACUGCCCAGAAAGCUAGUGACCUCGCAAUUGAACAUAAUUUUGAUAUCCAUCCUGUUUUGUUGGUUGUGGAACCCUUACCUGGUCAGUGCUCAGAAGCUUUUCAGUUUCAUUCGGUGUUAGACAAGGAUGUUGAGCGUGUCAUUUAAGGCUUCUUUUCAAACAAAGCACCUGGAUACGACAGAGUAUCUGCACGUGUACUCAAGGAUAGUCUACCAGUAAUUCUUCCGUCAAUCACUAGUAUUAUGAACUACCCUUUUUACACUGGAACGUUUGUAAGGGCAUGGAAAAUUGCCGAGGUAACUCCUAUUUUAAAGUCCGGUAAUUCUGAAGAUCCGAGCAAUAAUCGACCUAUUUCGCCACUGGCUAUCCUUUCAAAAGUAUCUGAACGAUUGGCUAAUGGGAAAUUUGUCGACUAUUUUACAGCAAAUAAGAUAUUGGCUAAAACUGAAAGUGGUGACCAAAAGCUUUAUUCAACUGAGACUGCCGUUCUAUGUGCAACAGACGAACUGUUGCAGGCAAUUGAUGAUAAAAAGAUCUCAGCUCUGGUGUUACUCAACAUGUCAAAGGCCUUUGACAGCAUUAGACAUGAUAUUCUAUUGCAGAAACUACAAGCUCUUGGUGUCUCCUUUUCAUGCCGUUACUCGUUCCAUAGCUACCUUGUUGACCGCAGUCAAAGAGUACGCAUCCAUGAUGCUAUCUCUCUCAUGCUAUCCCUGAAAUAUGGAGUCCCUCAGGGAUCAAUAUUGGGUCCAGCCAUGUUUACUAUUUAUGUAAAUGACCUGUUGUCUGUCCCUACUUACUGCAAAUCGGCCUGUUAUGUUGAUGAUUCUAAACUGUACCUGUCCUUUCCCUCGUCUGACAUGUCCACUGCAAUUCACAACUAAAUGCGGACCUGGAACAAGUCUCCAGAUGGUGAUGCCAAAACUCUUUAUUGAGAAAUCCUGCUAAGAAUAGGUUUUAAUGAUUGUUAUGCCUCAACUUCUCAGUGAGCUGCCCACAACAUCUGUUCGGACGCUUGGAAAAGAUAUUACCCCCUCUACUGUUGCUAAAGAUCCUGGCAUUUAUAUUGACCAAUCGCUAACUUACAACGAACAGAUUGCUAAAACAUUCUCUACCUGCCUACAUGAACUCGUACAAAUCAAUACAAUUAAACACUUCCUAGAUAAGGAAACAAUACUUCUCCUUGUAAGCUCUUUCGUUUUUAGUAAGUUAUUUUAUUGCUCAACUGUUUUGUCAAAUACUAGUAAACAUAACAUCAACAAACUUCAGUUAGUGCAGAAUUUUGCCGCCCGUGUUGAUCUUGGCCUCAAAAAAAUUGAUCACAUCUCACAAAUGUAUUAAUUAACUUGUCAGGAUCAAAACAUGGUUAGGAACUGUGUAGCGCUGAUAAGUUGAUUACAAUUAAAAUUUGUCUUUGUGUUCUUAGCGCUAAAAUGUUUGAAAAUCCAGACGUUUCAGGACUACUGUCCCUUCAUCAGUGGAAGAUGCCGUGACUUGUGCCUGACUACCUAUUCGAGAAAUGUACUCUGCGUUCACAAAUUCACACUUGAAAUACUAGACAAGCGAUCAAAUAAACAUUGCAAAAUGUCGCCUAACCACCGGUCAGCGGUCCUUCACCUACUGCGGUGCUAAGCUCUGGAAUCAUCUAAGAGACAAUGUUAAAUCUUCAGAUUCUGUCAAAGUUACAAGAGGUUACAAAUGGUUACAAGGCGUUACCGGGGGUCAGAGGGGGUUAAAGGGAGUUACAUACGUUAGAGGGGGUUACAAAGGGUCACAGGGGCUUAAAAAGGGGUUACAGGGGUUACAAGGGGCUACAAGAGGUUACAGGAGGCUACAAGAAGUAACAGCAGGUUAUCGGGGGUUAAGAGAGGUUACAGGUGCUUUGAGGAGGUUACAGGGGAGUACAAAAGGUUACAGGGGGAAUACAAAGGGGUUACAGGGGUUACAAGGGGUUACAGGGGGUUACAGAGGGUUAAAGGUGGCUGCAACAGGUUACAAGGGGUUAUAAGGGGUUACCAGGGGUUACAGGGGGUGCCUAGGGGUUACAGGGAGUUACAGGCGGUUACAAAGGGUCACAGGGAGUUACAACGGGUUAAAGGAGGCUACAGGAGGUUACAAGGGGUUACAUGGAGUUAAAACGGGUUACAGGCGGUUACAGGUUGUUAAAACAGGCUACAAGCGGUUACAAGAGGUUACAGGUGGUAACAGGGGGUUACAAGGGAUUAAAGGAGCUUAAAAGAGGUUACGAGAGGUUAAAGGGAAUACAAGGGGUAACAAAGAUACACGGGGUUACAGUGGGUUAUAAAAGGGUACAAGGGGGUACAGGGGUUACAUGAGGUUACAAGGAGUUACGGGGGCUUAAGAGGGGUUACAGGUGGUUACAAGGGGUUACAAAGGGUUACAGGGGGUUACAGGUGGUAACAAUAGGUUACAGGGAAUCACAAGGGGUUACAGGGAGCUACGGGGUUAAGAGAGGCUAUACGGGGGUUUAAGGGUGCUUACAGGAGGGUACAAGGGAGUAGAAACGGUUGCAGGGGCUUACAAGGGGAUACAGGGGGUUACAGAGAGUCACAGGUUGUUGCAAGAGGUUACAAGAGGUUACAUGGGGUUACAGGGGGCUACAGGAGGUUACAGGAGGUUACAAGGGAGUACAAACGGUUGCGCGGGGUUACAAAGAGUUACAAGAGGUUAUCGGGGGUGACAAAGGUUUACAGAUGCUAACAUGAGGUUACAAGGGAGUACAAACGGUUGCAGGGGGUUACAAAGGCAUACAUCGGGAUACAAGGGGCUACAAGGGGUUAGAAAGUGUUACAGAUGGUUACAAGAGGUUAGAGAGGGUUACAAAGGGUUACAGGAAGUUACAGAAAGUUACAAAGGGUUACAAAGCGAUACCACGGGUCACAGAGGUUACACUACAAUUAAAGGGGUUACCAGAGGUUACAAGGGGUUACAAGGGGUUACAGAGGGUUGCAAGGGUUACAGGGGCUUACAAGGUGUUACCUGGAAUUACAAAGGGUUAGCGAGGGUUACAAGGGGUUACAGGGGUUACAAGAAGUUAGAGGGGCUUAGAAGGGGUUACAGGGGGUUACAGGGACUUACAAGGAGUUCCAUGGGGUAACAAGGGGGAUCCAGAAGUUACAGAGGCUUACAAGGGGUUACAUUGGGUUAGAAAGGGUUACAGUGGGUCACAAGGGGUUACAGGGGCUUACAAGCGGUUACAUGGAGUUCCAAGGGCUUUCAAGGAGUUACAGGGUGUUACAGAUUGUUUCAAGAGAUUUGAGAGGGUUACAAAGGGUUACAGGGGGUUAAGAGAGGAUAGAAGGGGUUAUAGGGGGUUACAAGGGGUUACAAAGGAUUACAGGGGAUUACAAUGGGUUACAAGGCGUUACCGCGGGUUACAGGGGUUACAAGAAGUUUAAAGAGUUUACCCGGGGUUACAAGGGGUUAGAAGAGGUUACAGAGAGUUGCAAGGGAUACAGGGGCUUAUAAGGGGUUACUUGGGGUUACAAGGGGUUUCAAGGGGUCACAGAGUGUUACUGGUGGUUGCAAGAGGUUAAAAGGGUUUUAAAAAGGGGUUACAGGGGGUUACCACGAGUUACAAGGGAUUACUGUGGGUUUUAAGAGGAUACAGGCGGUUAAAAAAACCUUACCGCGGGUUACAGGGGUUACAAGGGGUUACUUGGUACUUUAAGAGGUUACAGGGGCUUACAAGGGGUGAGAUGGGGUUACAAGGAGUUACAAACCGGUUACAAGGGGUUACAGGGGGUUACAAAAAAUACAGAGAGUUACGGGGGGGGUUAAGAAGGGCCACAAGAAGUCACAAGGGGUUACAGGGGGUUAGAGAAGGUUACAACAAGUUACAGGGGGUUACAAGGGGUGACAAGAGGUUACAGAGGGUUAGAACGGGUGACAGGAGGCUACAAGGGGUUACCGGGGGUUACAGGGGUUAGAAGAGGUUACAAACGGGUUACAGGGGCUCGCCAGGGGUGACAUAGGGUUACAAGGGGUUACAUGGGGUUACAAGUUGUUGCAACGGGUUAAAGGGGCUAAAAAGGGGUUAUAUGGGGUUACAAAGGGUUCCAGUGGGUUACAAGGGGUUAAGGAGGGUAAGAGGGGGUUACAAGGGGUUAACUGGGAUUACAAGGGGUUACAGGAAGUUACAACGGGUUUCAUGGAGUUUAAACGGGUUACAGGGGGUCACAGAUGGUUACAAAGGGUUUCAAGGGGUUACAGAGGUAACAGGGGGCUAAGAGGGGUUAAAGGGGGCUACAAGAGAAUUCACGGGGUUUCAGGGGAUUACAUGGGGUUACAGGGGCUUACAGUGGGUUAUAAGGGGUUACAUGGAGUUACAGCAGGUUACAAAAAGUUAAAAUUUGUUUACAGGGGGUUACAUGAGGUUAAAACGGGUUACAAAGGGUUACAAGGGUUCACAAGGGAUUACAGAGAGUUACAAGGGGUGACAGAGGGUUACAAGGGGUUACAGGGGGUUACGAAGGGUUACAAAAAGAUACAGGGAGUUACAUUGGGUUAAAAGGGUCACAGGGAGUUACAAAGAGGUUACAGGGGGUUACAGAAGGUCACAAGAAGUUACAGGGACUUACAACGGCUUACAUGGGGUUAUUGGGGUAACGAGGGGUUACAGGGGGUUACAUGGGGUUACCUGGGGUUACAGGGUGUUACAAGGGGUGACAACGGGUUACAGAGGCUUAGUAAGGGUUACAGGGAGUACAGGGGGUUACAAGGGGUUACAGAGGGUUGCAAGAGUACAGUGGCUUACAAGGGGUUAUCUGGGGUUACAAAGGGUUACAGAGGGUUACAAGGGGUUACAGGGGGUUAUAAAGGGUUAGAGGGGCUUAGAAGGGGUUACAGGGGGUUACAAGGGGUUACAAGUGGUUACGAGCGAUUACAAGGGAAUAGAAAGGGUUACAGGGGGUUACAAGGCGUUACCGGGGGUUACAGGGGUUACAACGCGUUACUGGGGGUUUAAAGGGGUUUCCUGGGGAUACAAGACGUUACAACGGGUUAACGAGGGUUAUAAGGGCUUACAGGGGGUUACAAGAAGUUACAGGGAGUUACGAGGGGUUACAAGGGAUUAGAGGGGGUUACAAGGGGUUACCGGGGGUUACAGGGGAUAAGAGGGGUUACAGGGGGUUUAAAGGGGAAACAAGAGGUUACAGGGGGUUACAAGGCGUUACCGGGGGUUACAAUGCGUUACAGGGGGCUUAAAGGGGUUUCUUGGGGAUACAAGAGGUUACAUCGGGUUACCGAGGGUUAGAAGGGGUUACAGGGGUUUACAAGGGGUUACAUGGGGUUCCAAGGGGUUCCAUGGGGUUAGAGGGUGUUACAGAUUGUUAUAAGAGGUUUUUGAGGGUUACAAAGGGUUACGGUGGGGUAUUGGAGGUUACAAGGGGUUACAAAGGGGUUACAAGUGGUUACUAGGGUUACAAGGAAAUACAAAGGGUAACAGGGAGUUACAAGGCGUUACCGGGGGUUACAGGGGUUACAUAGCGUUACUGAGGGCUUUAAGGGGUUUCUUGGGGAUACAAGGAGUUACAACGGGUUAACGAGGGUUAAAAAGGCUUACAGCGGGUUACAAGGGGUUACAGGGAGUUAGGAGGGGUUACAAGGGAAUACAGGGGUUUACAUGGGGUUACCGGGGGUUACAGGGGAUAAGGAGGGUUACAAAGGGUUACGGGGCAUUAUUGGAGGUUACAAGGUGUGACAGAGGGUUACAAGGGGUUAUGGCGGAGCUCUCGCGCGCGAAGUACCAUGGGUAAGAAAAUUUAGUAAACUAUCCAUCAGAGAAAAUUUGGUUAUGACGUAGAGUACGCGCGCCCGCCCAGCCGUACACACACUUCAUGUAAACCGAUGUCAAAUGUCACAAUAGAUUUUAGUUGCACAACUUGACUAUCCUCUUAGUUAUGUAAGCCAUCCGUAUGAGUACGAUUAGAUUUACAGCUGUCAAAAUCAAACAUCCGCUCACAAUUAUCACAUGACCAUCUCGCGGGCUCCGAUGAAAUACCAGUCGUUUUGCCCCUACAUAUAAGCUGAUAUAAUAUGUCACACUUACCAAUUCAGCAUAAGAACGAAACUACGCCGGGCAAGGCUGUCAGUUGGCUGACAGUCAUUUAAAGUUAUAUUGGCAAGCCAAAUUAAGGUCAAUUGACAGCUGUCAAAACGUGCAGACCACUAUCAGAAUGCAGACCACUAUCAGAAAACUAAUAACGUGGGCUCAGGUUCGCUCAGGUACACGAUCUGGCUUUUUCCAAUAAAUGCCGGACGGAUAUGUCUUACUCACACUCACGGUAGUCUGUUAAUUCGAAUAUUCGCCAUUGUAAUUAAGGUUAAUUGACAGCUGUCAAACUAGAGUAUACGCUGACCAUCAUUACCUGACUAUAUCGUGGGCUCAUUUUUGUAUCCAUUGAGAUCACGUAGUGUUUAAAGUCUUGCGUUGAUAUUUUAUUUGAUCACGGGCUUAAUUCGAAGCCCCAUAGCUUAGAAAAUCUAUCCCUCCUAGAAAAUUCGGCAAUCACGUGACCGUACAUCGACCACCCGACCUUUUGUCCGUCCGCACCACAGGCAUACCAAUGUUUAAUCUCACACUUUCUAACUAGUUUGCGAGCCUGCAACCUGAUAUUGUACAUCCAUGUUUGAUUAAUUGACAGCUAUCAAAAUAGAGUUUCUGCUGACCAGUAUCGCCUGAUCAUAUCGCAGGCUCAGGUAUUGACCCACUGAAUUCGAGUUUUUUUAAGGUAUACGCUGACAAGUUGCUACUUUUCAACUGAUCGCAGGCUCAAGUUCAAUUUUUUAAAAAUGCAUAUGAAAUAAGUCGUGUUCAUGAGCCGCACUUUUAAAAUGUUGAUUUCGAACUGACUUCAGACGCGAAAAUUCAACCGUUUUUUACAUUUACAUGCAGGGAAGGCAAUUUCCUACUGUCACGCGUUGAUCACGCUCUACGUCCAAUUUUUAGUUUCUGAUUGGUCAAAAUUUGUCAGGUGAGUUCAUGCGGAAAAUUUAUACAGCGUCUGGUAACUUGCUUACUGAUAGCUGGAGCUGACAGAGUUUUGUGUCAUCUUGUGAUGUUUUAAACUGUCUUUCUACUUGGUGUACAAAAUGAAAUACAGCUGCUAUCAAGAUUGUUCUGUAAUUCAUUGCUGGUUUGUUUAUUGCGCAUUUUGUUGACAAAUGCACCGCUUGUCAAAGUCAUUGGAAAUCCGAUUUCGGAUGGCAUCGUUUUCAAAAACGAGCUUACUCACUUGCCUUUGCUUGAGGCAUAAGAGGGUUGAAAAGUCUCAAGCGAUUCUGGAACACUUGAUGACCUUCAGAUGCAGCAUCUCGACUGGUAAGCCUGAGCAAUUAUUGUCUUUGAUUUUUUUUUUCGGUUUUCCGAAGUUAAGUGUAUGGUUUACGCGGCUUAAGUUUAUACACGAGCAAUGAUCUAACCUACAAUAGUAUCAGGUUUAAAAAGCCCUUAGACAUUUUUUUAACCGCAAAUUCAAAGAAAAGGUUCCGAAGAUUAUUUAUUUAUGAUUUUGGCUGUAAACAGAAAGCUCUGAGCGAUUUUCUUUCCUUGAGUUCAUCUUGAAAAAAAGUAAACACCGGGAAGCCCGCUUCAAACAUAAAUAAGCUUAUGCUUACCUGACCCAUGAUUUUCAGAGACACUUUACUCUCAAUACUUCUCUUCGUGAAUGAAAAUUAUUGUCUCUGUACAUGUUUCACCGAAUUAUAUUUAUUUUAUUGAUUGUUUGUAGUCCCUCUCGCAAUUCUUAUCGCUGCACCGGUUGUUUCCAGUUGAACAUAUACAUCGCAUGCAGGAAUACUCAAAACGCCGCGCGUAAAUAUCACUCGCUUUUAAAGAUUACACAUAACAAAUCCCUACACAGUUUAAUAAAUAAAGGGAAAUAAAACCUAAACAUAACAAUUUCUCUAUCAUGUUGAAGCGUAAAUGGUAACUCUAUUAAUCGCACUGCAAAUUUGGUGCCUGUCAAAAGUGAGAACCCGUCCGGCUGGCCGACAAGUGAUUUUGGGAAUUUUUUUUAUCGUUUUCAUUAAACGCCCAUAAUUAUUACCCUGCAUAUCACAUAGGACCAGAUUUUUCUAACUGAAAUGUCCCGGAAUUAUAGAAUUCUCUUCAUGAAAACCUUUUAUAAUAGGCCACUUGCACUAAGAGUUUACGUGACCAAUGCUUCCUUUAAACAAUGAGUUGGAAUCUUGCUGAUACUAAAAAUUGGUGGUUCACAUAAAAAUUAUCUUACACCCGAAAUUUGAGAGGAAACGCAUUUCAGAGAGAUGUUUUAUGGGACUUUGAUUUUCCCACAAGGUAGUAUGAUUUGUAUUGGCCGCCAUGUUGGAGGGCAUGCUCUUGCCCUCCAACAUGGCGGCCAAAACUACUUUUUGCUUAUAUCUUGUUCAACGUUUGAUAGUUACGCUCAGAUGUGCUGUAAACGUCAUCACAUCAUCUUUUCAACAUUUUCCUUGAAGUUUAAGUGCAAAAUUUGUGUUCAGAGGAAGGUAAUUCACAGUUUAAAAAAUCACAUUUUGGUCACGUGACCAUUUACGAACUUAUUCAUUUGAAGAAAAUGGUGCGGGUUUGAAAAACCAAAUCACCAUUAUUUUGUUUAAGAUAUGACCCACUUAUCGUUUUUCGAAGGCAAAAUCAUAUAACUUUCAUUUUUAGUGCAAAUGGCCUAUUCAAUGCUAUAAUUUGUUGUGCGAAGGAAGCGCGUGCUUUGAUCGUCCUGGAUAUUGAAUAAGUGCAAAUUCUCUCACAAAAUUGUGAAAGACUGCAGAAUUAUAGGUUCAAAUUGGGCAAAAAAAGAACAAAUUCUGUCCGAGGUCUGUAUGAUAAAAAAGGGCCUGAGACGUGACCUGAGACGUGACGAGACGAGACGGUUUACACGCCACCAGAUUCGUCGCCAAGAUUUACUAGUAAUCUAAACUUGCCGAACACAAAAAAUCCGGCCUGAUUUAAAUUUUGGCCUAUCUUUUAAACAGAGGAAUGCAACGUGUAAAUUGGCUGCCACCAAGGACUAUCGUGGCGCGUGUGUUUCUUAACAUUAUAUUAUUAUCCAUAGUCUCUCUAACGGAGCAAUGUUGGAGAGACAUACCACAUUAUGA